AUGGCCGGAGCCUACCUCGCCUCGCUCGGCAUCGAUCUCGACGCCGAGAUGGCCAAGAUCCAAUUCAGCGAUGAGAAGUCGGCCGACCACGGAAUUGCCAGCACAGACGCAAAGGCACCGCAUUCGAAAUCUCACCAGCCGCCACCGCGCUACUCUGACGUCUUCGCCCCUAAGACCAUCUCGAGGAUCACUGCUGCUCGUCUGCCAGGCCUGCCAGCCUCUGAACUGUGGGAUGUCAGCAUCGCGGAUGGCCGCAUUUCGUCUGUAGAGAAGCACGACCCGCAUGCUCCCCGCCUCAGUCAUGUACCCAGCGUGCUGGAUGCACAAGAACGUCUGGUCGCUCCCUCUCUUUGCCAUGCUCACAUCCACCUGGACAAAUGCUUCCUUCUGCAGGAUCCCAAAUACAGCGAUCUCGAGAUCGUGGACGGAAGCUUCCAAGAAGCCAUGGACCUGACCAGCCGGGCCAAGUCUCGUUUCGAGGAAAAGGAUCUUCUGCGCCGCGGACGGCAGCUGAUCAAAGAGAGCAUACAGCACGGAGUCACUGCGAUGCGUGCCUUCGUCGAGGUCGACGCUGAUGUUGAGUUCAAGUGCCUGGAUGCUGGUCUGCGGCUGAAGGAGGAAUUUGCCAACAAGUGCGAUGUGCAGAUCUGCGCCUUUGCCCAGUUACCGCUGUUCUCUGGAGUUGAUGGCGGAGAGGUUGUCCGCAAGCUGAUGAUGGCUGCCGCCAAGACGCGUGGCGUCGAUGUGCUGGGAAGCACGCCGUAUGUGGAGUCGGAUGAGAUCAAGAUGAAGAUGAACGUGCGCUGGAUCAGCUCUCUUGCUCUCGCUCAGGACAAGUUCUUGGACUUCCAUAUGGACUACAACCUGGACAAAUCCACCAAGCCUUUCAUCUGGACCGCUUUGGAGCUCAUCAAAGAAAGAUGUUGGGAGAACAGAAAGGGAAAACUCAUCACCAUGGGUCACUGCACGCGCUUGACCUACUUCCAGGCGGAUGACUGGAAGAAGCUGAAGGCGGCCAUCGGCAACCUCCCAGUGUCUUUUGUGGGACUGCCGACAAGCGACCUAUUCAUGAUGAGAACCACGGAGAACGUGCGAGGCACUCUUCAUGUGCCGAAGAUGAUCCAGGAGCAUGGUCUGCAGGCUGCCAUCGCUGUUAACAAUGUCGGCAACGCCUUCACACCGCAAGGCAAUUGCGAUCCACUUGCAGUCGCCAGCAUGGGUGUUGGUGUUUAUCAAGCUGCGACCAGGAAGGAUGCAGAAGUCUUAUAUGAAUGCGUCUCAAACAGGGCGAAAGCAGCUAUUGGUCUUAACGCUCCAUCGCUCUCUUUGAAACCGGGUGAUCCUGCCGACCUUGUGAUUUUCGACGGUGCUAGUGUUGGGUGGAGAAGCAGGAAGAGCGUGGCGGAAGCAAUAUACGAUCCUGGGAACAUGAGAACCACGGUAAAGGGUGGGCGCAUAACGACCAAUUAA